AUGGCAAGUUUGGUUAGAAGGGCACAAUGCUUUAUGGAGAUCACAGGCAGAAACAGUGUCUCAGGUCCUGAUCAGAAGCUAGGGUUCGACAAAUCGAAAGUUACCUGCAUCAAGUGUAAAGAACGUGGCCAUUUCAAGAGAGAAUGCCCGAACCGUGAAGUGAACAACCAUCAGAACCCGUUCACAAACGAUUAUUAUAGGCAGGCAAUCUAUCAUCGGCCUAACCAACAACCUGCUGUUCAGAGGCCGCAAAUCGAGAACAAACCGGAGAAGGCUCUUAUUGUGAAUCAAGACGAUGAAAAAGUAGCCGAAGGGUUCAGUUGGGAUAAAUAUAUCCCUGGAAGUGAUGGGCAGGCCAUGAUGGCAGAAAUUGUUGAAGUAUCGGAGAUAGUGACUGAGCCAGAAAUGAUUGCUGAAGAUGUUCCAGCAGUUGUUGAAGAUGUUUCUGUUGAGAAUGUGGUUGACAUUGAAGAAAUCGCUGCAGAAGUUUACUAUUAUCAAUCAGAACAGGAAGUAUUGGCAAGCUCUUUGAAAUCAAUAAUACCUCCUAAAAUGUUUGAAUCUUUUGCAGGUUUUUUCGAAGAACCGACGACUGGAUCGUGUCCAAGAUACGAAGAAAAGAAAGAAUCUGUAGAGGAACUGGUAGAUGUGACAAAAGAGAUGACUGGAGAGACGUUGAAAGACAUUACUGACAGAGCCCUCAUGGGAAAGCUGAAAGAGGUAGACCCAGAACUCGAGAAGUCAGAGUCUGUCAAUGGGGUGGAAGCUGCUUUGAAUCUCAAGUUGAGAUCAAUUGAGGAUGAUUUGCAUGAGAGCACUGAUGUUACAUUCUCUGCAUCCGACACCGACAACGAAUCACAGGUUAUCAAAACCGUUGUCGAGCAGGUGUUAGAUGAAGAGAGUGAUAACUCUGAGAAGUCUCAAUCUGAGAAAGCUGUUAGUGAGUCUGAAGAUGAGGAAUUUGAAUAUGAACUUGACAAAUUUCUUGCUGAGUUUCCCCCGAUUAACAACAAAGUAAAACAAAUUAUGAAAGAUGAUGUUCUUAAUGUCACAUUUAACUUUCCUAAAACAGAUGAGAAGUAUGAUGUAGUGUUUGGCAGUGUGUCUGAGGGGCUGCCCAGGUCUAUCCUUUCGAAGUGGAUCAUGGACAGUGGUGCAUCGAGACAUAUGACAGGGACGCUAGCUCUUCUUUACGACGUCAAAUCAAUAAAUGGAAGUUAUGUGGGCUUCGCCGGAAAUCAAGGCGGGAGAAUUGUUGGACAGGGAACGUUGACGAAUGGUGUCAUGUCAUUCGAGAAAGUGAACUAUAUCGUAGAGUUGAAAAACAAUUUACUUAGUAUUUCGCAAAUAUGUGAUAAAUUUAUCAGUGUACAUUUCACAAAGAACGAGUGUGUGAUUAUAAAACCGGGGUUUGAAAUCCCUGAUGAGAUGGUGUUGUUGCGUGCUCCGCGGGAGAACGACCUCAACGGAAAAAGAAUCAAUUAUGUGGCAUCAAAAGAUGGGCCAUAUACAUGUUCGAAAAAUGAAUUUUCUAGUACACAAUGA